AUGAAUGCAACUCCCGGGCAGCCGGACUGGACCAUCGACCAAGGCUCGUUGAUGGUACCGAUUGGCACCCACCGACUCUACAUGUCCGUCAGUGGCAUCCGACGUAUGCCCGAGGACCCACUGAUAGUGAUUCUGACAGGCGCCGGCGACGUCGCAUCCUCCUACACAGCCGUCAAGCCACUAGUCAGCCAGUUUGCACGUGAAGUACUGUACGAUCGCUCAGGACUAGGCCGCAGCGAACCAAGCCCAGCCACCUCCCCCUCCACCGCGGUCUCCGCUGCGCGAGACCUGCACAGCCUGCUGGAAGCGACAAACCAGCGCCCGCCACUAAUCCUGGUAGCCCAUUCCUAUGGAGGCAUUAUUGCACGCGAGUAUCUCCACCUAUACCCCGACGACGUUGCGGGGAUGGUCCUCGUGGAGAGCUCCACCGAGCGCCAGUGCGACUAUUUCCGGGUGCCAGACCCCAAUAUAAAUGCGCUACUGGGAGAUCUGAAGUUUGCACAGGUGACUGGCCUCCGAGCAGACUCGAAACUCUCGCGUGAAGAAUGGCGGCUGCGUGCUAUGGAUAUUGCACGCGGGGCUGUCGCCGCGCAGGCCGAGGCGGACUCGUUUGUCGAGGUUUGUAGGGCGUUGGGGGAGAAGCUGCAGUAUCAACGGCGAGUAAUGGGGAACAAGCCUUUGGGUGUCAUUCGGGGUAAUAGUGCACGCGACUAUGAACGGAUCUACCAUGCUGGGGUGGAGGUGGGGAACGGGACGGAGGAACAACGGAAGGCGUUUCGAGAACUAUUGGAUAGAUGGGAGUCGAUCGACAGGGUUCUCAUGGAGGAGCAGCUGCAGUUGUCGUCAAACACGCAUCUGGUGCAUGUCCCGGACUGUGGGCAUCAUGUUCAUCUGGUGCGGCCGGAGAUAGUCGCUGCCGAGAUCAAGUGGGUGCUGGGCAGGGCACCGGGCGCUCCUCGGGACGAUCAGAAGCUCUGA